AUGGCGCUCUCCCACUAUGGCUUCCUCGGAAAUGUUCUUAAAGACAAGGCUCUUGAGAUUGGAGUGUGUGCGACUGCAUCCUCCGGCUUCUUCUUGUCGGGCUACGAUCAGGGUGUCAUGAGCGGCAUAAUCACGGAGCCCAAUUUCCGCCAGGUCUUCCCGCACAUGGAUCAGAAGAACAAGUCAGGCGCCAUCCAGGCACUAGUUGUGGUAUGGAUCUUGGAAAAGCAUCGCUUGUGA